UGGGGGGGCAGAACAGAAAUCGCCAUUAGCUUCCCAGCGCACUGGGGCGUUGGCGUCGGGGGUGUGGCACGGGGCGUGGGGGUCCCCGUGCCGCCCCCCGGCGACCUACUCGCCACCAUCUCCAUGUUCGAGCAGCAGAUCAAGGCUGAGCCUAUGAGCUUCUACACCCCCCACCCACAUUUACACGCCGGCCCCCCCUCGAUCGUCCGGUCGGACUCCACACAUGGUAUCAUAAAUAUGCAGCAACACCACCAGGAGGACUCAAAGGACAGCCUCAUAAUUCAGCAACAAGUGCACCAGCAGGAGCUGCUGGACCAUCAGCAGCAACAGGAAUUACAACAACAAGAUGAUGAGUUGAGCUUUAAAGGAAUGGAAGAUGAGGGUGUUGAGAUGGACAUGGACGGCCGACAGUGUUCACAAGGUAUGGGUGUGGAUAUGGGAUCAGUUCAGACUAAAAUGGAGGUUCCGAAUGGUGGUCAGUCGACGCCGCGAUCUAAGCCACAAGCCUGUAAGGUAUGUACUUAACAGUUUCCGUAUACAUAUU